AUGGUGCUAUGGGGAGAGGCAUUCUGGAGUGAAGGAAAUCGAGGUUUGGAAGUUUUAUCAACAAAUGUCAAGAAUGGAGCAAUAGCUAUCGACGAAUUUCAACGAUUUCUUAGUGAAAGUAUUCAAUGUGAAACAUCUUAUUGUAAAAAUUUAGCUCGUUUACAAUCGCAAUUACUCAAGACUCAAUAUGUUGGCACGUUCACACCAAUAUGGAUUUUAAUACGUGAUUUAAUCGAUAAAAUCUCAUCUAUGCAUGGAACGACGGUUAAUCUAUAUCAAGAAUUACUACGCGAUGUUCAUAUACAUCAGGAGACUUUUCAAAAAAAAGUCAAAUCGCAUAUACAAAAAGAUGUAGAUAUUACGAGUUCAGCUGAUCUCAUGUCUCAGUUAGGCAAUGCUUUGCAUACAGUGAAUAAAGCGAAAGAACAGUAUCAAUCGAUUGCUUUCGACUACGAACGAACGAAACGUGGUGGACAUUCUACUUCGAAUAAUCUGUCGACACCCGUAUCACAAGAUACGAAUGUUCCGAGUCUUGCUCAAUCAGCGCUCCACUCUUUCACGACGAGACAAUCAGAUCGUCUAGAAAAGAAGUAUCGACAAGCGCAAGAUGAAUACAAAUCAACAAUUGAGAAAUAUAAUAAGAUUCGGAGCGAAUAUCAAACGCGCUUCUAUAACGCUUGUACAAAAUUUCAAGAUUUUGAAAUUGAUCAUAUCGAGAAAUUACUCGCGUAUUCGCUGACUUAUUCGGAUAUUCUUCAACGUUAUUCCGAACAAAUAAGAACGGCACAAACUGAUUUUACGGCAAGAUUGAAAUCGUUAACUGGAAGUGAUCUUUUAGAUAUAUUUGUCGAACAAAAGAAAACAGGAACAGAACCACCAGUUGCAUUACAAUUCGAAGACGUUGACAGUCUUCGGCCAUCCAUCUUACCACUACCACCACCCAUUGCAGAUGCCUCAAUUCCUUCAGAUGAUUUCAACUUAUUCGAACAAAUCGAGCCUAAUGUACCUGCCAUUCAAGCAAACUUUUCUAUUCCAGUGACGCCAACAAAAACGAUCGAAAAUAGUCGGGCUCGUUCCUACCAUCACCAUCACCAUCAUAUUCCUUUUUUUCACACAUCGCUGCCAAGCACGCCGAGUAAUCAAGUGCAAACAUCACCUAAUAAUACAAUCAUGUCUCCUCCGAUGAACCAUCAGACAACAACAAACAGUCCAGUGAUGUCAAGUAGUGCAACAGUUCAGAGUCAAGAAAAAGUGUUAAGCAACGAAAAUUCGCCGAAUCCGUUCGAUUUGAAGAUCCGCAAACCGAAAUUUCCAGGAUUUUUUGGAUCGGGUCGUCGAGAGAAAAAGGAUAAGAAAGUAGAGAAAAGCUCAUCAUUUACUGCAAAAUCUCGCCGAGCUUUUCAAACGCAACAUUCACGUGAAGACCCAGCUGGUCGAAUGCCACCAUCCUCGCAAAAUGAAUUCAAGGACAUACAUGGAUCAAUUAACGAAAACGAUGAAUUUUCAUCCUCCAAACACAAAAGUACCGAUUUAAUGUUCGAUUCGCUCGAUCAGUAUGAAGCGUUUACAGCACCUAAUGAAAACCAGCAGAAGUCUUCGUCGAAAUUUUCAACGAAUUCCAGUGACUCGAGCGAUGACGAUGAUGAUGAUGAUAAUCUAAUGUUAAAAAUCAAUGUAAAAAUUAAUCCAAAGUCAGAAACUCCGAUUGAUACCGAUGCGGAUGAUGAUCAUGCAAAAAUCAUGAAUGCCAUGCGUUUAAUCGACAAGAAUAUCGGUACUUCCGCUCCAACUUCUCGUGUGCCGUCACAAAAGAACCUAGAACUCAAUCGAUCAACGACAAAUGAACUAACCGGUACUAGACCACUCCCACCACCACCAUUGCCAUCACGUUCAACUAUAGCAAAAACUAAUAGUAUUUCGACAGAGGGUUCUGAUCAACUGAAUAUGUUUCCACCGCAAAAAGAAUUUGAUCUAAUUCCAUGGAAUACGGUCAAUGCUUCACCGGUCACAAAUCAAGACGAUGCUUUUCUUUCUCCUGAAACAACAACGAUUGACAAUAAAAACUCAACAUCAGUUUCAUCGAAUGAAGAUGAUUCCGAAGUGGCCAAUUCUUUUUUCAAUGAUAAUUUCAUUCCAAAAACAUCUCAACUGCCUGUUUCACAAACACCUUCAUUAGGUCAAUCGGAUCAACAACAAUCAGCAUUGUCUCCUGUUAACACUCCAGCGAUGGCUCCUGUCAAUAUCAAUUUUCGGAAUAGUCCGAUCGUAUCUCACGAACAAGGCAUGUCUCCUUUGACAGUUGGUGCUACUGAUCAAAUUCCACUUGCAGUUGCUUUCCAAGAAACGAUUCAUGUGAUGAUGUCGGGAAACAAUCGAGAAAAUUGGAAAAGUCGAAUUGUUGGCGAAAUGCUCAUUUCGUUUCCAGCAUCUAUUUUAACUUUACUCAAUGAUCCUGUACGAUUUUCCAAUACGUUGCAAUUUCGAUUGAAAAAUCUCGAUAAUAUUGAUAAAAUCAAUGUCAAAUCUCCUCCGAUUACCGAAAAUGAAUCAAUUUAUUCAUUUGACAUGCCUGAGUUGCACAAUGCUCUUCGUAGUUUACAUGAGAAAACGCCUUCAUCACGAUUCUUUAAUCUAAACACGCUGAAUUACGAAGUUAAUCAUGCCGAUCAACCCAAUAUACCAAUUGAGAUCACAUCACAAUGGUCACGUACAUUUGAUACAAUAUCAGUAAAUAUCAGUUACCGUUUUAACAGUUCAUUCUUCCCUGACUCGAUCCGAUUUAAUAACGAAACUGUGAUAUUCUAUACCAUCAUAGCCGACGGCGAACAAAUUAAAGAAUCUUUACCGACGGCUGAAUGGUCUGCAAACGAACACAAACUGUGGUGGAAAGUUCCAUAUGUUAAAAACGGAGCAGGCAAUCUAUCUGCAACUGUGAUCACCGUGCAAGCAACUCCAGUCGAAAACGAAACUGAUAAUGAACAAAGCGAACAACCAUUGACAACUUCAUCUAUUAUCAAUGCAUAUUUCAUCGGUGAAAAUGCACUUUUCUCCUCCAUUGACGUCGAUCUCACUUCUCGUGGUUAUCGAGUUUCGUUACUGAAGAAGAAAAUUCUUAGUGGUAAAUAUCAAGCGGAACCCGAUCAAAGUGAACCCAUUCAUCUCUUUCAACGUCCGAAUCGAUCACCUUCAUCUACUGAUUAA